AUGGAGCGCUACAAAGCCCGUCUUGUUACGAAGGGUUUUCAUCAACAACCUGGUAUCGACUACGCUGAAACCUUCAACCAUGUUGUUAAACCUGCCACCAUCCACACAGUUCUCACUAUUGCCAUCUCUCGGGGUUGGUCUCUUCGCCAAUUCGACUUCAAAAAUGCUUUCCUCCAUUACAUUCUCCAAGAAGAUGUCUACAUGGCUCAACCACCAGGCUUUGUUGACCACACCCGGCCCAAUUAUGUCUGUAAGCUUCACAAGGCCUUAUAUGGCCUCAAGCAGCAUGCCUCUUAUGUCAUAUUUUUAUUGUUAUAUGUUGAUGACAUCGUGGUUACAGGAAAUGAUUCCAGGUUUCUUCACCAAUUCAUCACUACAUUGGGCCUUGCCUUUGAUAUCAAGGAUCUUGGCCCACUUCAUUUCUUUCUAGGCCUUCAAGUUACCACCAAAUCUGAUGGCCUUCAUAUCUCACAGCUAAAAUAUGCCCACGACCUACUAAAGCGUCAUGGCAUGCUCCACUGCAAACCUGCCAACACUCCCUUGGCUGCCAAAGUUCCUUUGUCCGCUUUCGACGGUGUGCCCUUUGAGUCUCCUUCCACCUACCGUGAAAUUGUUGGCAGUCUUCAAUACUUGACAUUGACUCGCCCGGACUUAUCCUUCGCGGUCCACUUCAUUGCUCAGUUCAUGGCUGCCCCUCGCACCUCUCACCUUGUCGCUGCCAAACGGAUCUUACGGUAUGUCAAAGGCACGCUCGACUUUGGUCUCUCUCUUAGCCCGCAACCGUCCACCGCCCGCCUCAGUGCCUACUCCGAUGCAGAUUAG